AUGGAGUCUUGUGUUUUAAUCCCACAAGAGUUUGGACUUGUGUUAGCGACACGACCUGGUCACUUACUGGAGAUGACCGCCACACUGUGGACUCGUAGAGUUGUCGUUCCUGGAAUGGAAUUCUUUCCCGAUCGCGGAGAGAUCCGACUUGACAGACUGGAAGUUUUUUCAAGAAUACAGAAAUCCGAUAUCCGAACAAAAUACGGUUGCACCGAAGAUAUUUGGUUGGUCGAUGGCACAGAAGUGCGCCACUGCAACUGGGUACGUUUUCUGCGCACGUGCACAGACCCAGCGGAAGCGAACAUUAUCGGCUCAAAGGUGGACAAUCACACAGUCUACAAGGUCACAAAGUGCAUUCCGCCAAACACAGAAAUUGUUGCAUAUUUACAACCAUCUGAAGACGCUUACACCGAAGAAACAUGUGAAGAAGAAAUCAUGGAAAUUUCAGCGAAGCGAAUUAAACUUGAACCAAAAGAUGCUCCUGAGGACAUGAGCAUUCGAUACUCUCCCGUUAGCCCAGUUCUGCCGUGCUCACCUGUGUCACGUGAUGAUGAAUGUCUCUCCGGAGCUAGCGAUGAUGCCAGCGUAGAUUUGAGGACAGAACGACCCCGAUCCAAGUCAGACUCGAGUGAAGAUGAAAGCUCAUCAGCCAUGGACUUGACGCUUUCACGACCCAGGGCAGCAUCUCUCCCGACCACUGUGUUAGCACCAGUCCGUCGCAACAGAGAAAGAACAUGGCUGCCUUGUGAAGUGUGCGGGAAGAAAUUCGACCGUCCGUCAUUGCUGAAGCGACAUAUGAGGACUCAUACAGGUGAAAAACCUCAUGCUUGUGAUGUCUGUGGCAAAGCAUUCUCCACGUCAAGUUCUCUGAACACUCACCGGAGAAUCCACUCUGGGGAGAAGCCACAUCAGUGCAAAAUCUGCGGAAAGUGUUUCACAGCCAGCUCCAACCUGUAUUACCACAGAAUGACCCACAAUAAGGAGAAACCACAUAAGUGUAACAUGUGCUCGAAAUCCUUCCCUACUCCCGGUGACUUGAAAAGCCAUAUGUAUGUCCAUAACGGCUCAUGGCCUUUCAAGUGUGACAUCUGCAACAGGGGAUUCAGCAAACAGACCAAUCUGAAGAAUCACUUGAUUCUUCAUACAGGAGAAAAGCCCCACGAAUGUCACCUGUGUAACAAGAAGUUCGCGCUACAAUGUAACCUGAAAGCACAUAUCAAAAGCCACGAGAACGACGCGCAGGAGGAAUGUGGCAAGUGUGGUAAAAACUUUCUCACGUCGAGCAAACAGUUGUACAACGGUCUGUGCAAGUCCUGCUUCUGUGGUUCACCAGAGGCCGAAAGGCUCAGCGAGAAGACCAUAAACCCCAGUCCGAGCAGAAUCACCGAUUUCAGCAUUUCAAGUUUGACGGCAGGAAGUAGAAGAGAAUCCCCAAACUCUUCCCAACAUUCUACACCAUCCAGACGGAGCUCUGCGGGAGACAGCACACCGCCAACUCCCACCUUACCAUUUCCGUUUCCGCACAAUGGUGCGCACGCGCAGAUGGGAAGUCCGUAUUUUCAAGGCAGCUUACCGGGUUCUCCAUUCUCCCUGAUGCCAACGAGCCCUCCCAUGGAACGUCAACUUUAUCUCCAAGGACUUUACACAAAGGUUAUGAGUGGCAAAUCAUUUUCAUCACCUACCGCAAUGCAUGAUGGGUAUUAUGCUAGGUCACAAAUUCCACUCUUGGCCUCGCAUUAUUAA